GGGCCGGGCGUGGGGGCCUGUGGGAGGUGGCGCGGCCGGGCCCAGCUGCGGGGCGGAGGCGGCGGAGAGGCCUGUGGCAGCAGGGAGCGGCGGGGUCGGGAGCGGGCGCUGGAGCCAAGCCGAGCCGGAGCGGGCGGCGCAGGCCGGCGCGGCGAACAGCCACCAUGUCGGUGUUCGGGAAACUGUUCGGGGCAGGAGGGGGUAAGGCCGGCAAGGGCGGCCCGACCCCUCAGGAUGCCAUCCAGCGGCUUCGGGACACGGAGGAGAUGCUAAGUAAGAAGCAGGAAUUCCUAGAGACUAAGAUCGAGCAGGAGCUGACCGCCGCCAAGAAGCACGGCACCAAAAACAAGCGCGCGGCCCUCCAGGCACUGAAGCGCAAGAAGAGGUAUGAAAAGCAGCUGGCGCAGAUCGAUGGCACACUAUCAACCAUCGAGUUUCAGCGGGAGGCCCUGGAGAAUGCCAAUACCAACACCGAGGUGCUCAAGAACAUGGGCUAUGCUGCUAAGGCCAUGAAGGCUGCCCACGACAACAUGGACAUCGAUAAAGUUGAUGAGUUAAUGCAGGACAUUGCUGACCAGCAAGAACUUGCAGAGGAGAUUUCAACAGCUAUUUCAAAGCCUGUAGGAUUUGGAGAAGAGUUUGAUGAGGAUGAGCUCAUGGCAGAAUUAGAAGAACUAGAACAGGAGGAACUAGACAAGAAUUUGCUGGAAAUCAGUGGACCCGAAACAGUCCCUCUACCAAAUGUUCCCUCUGUAACCUUACCAUCAAAACCCACCAAGAAGAAGGAAGAGGAAGAGGAUGACAUGAAGGAAUUGGAGAACUGGGCUGGAUCCAUGUAACUGGUCCAGUGCGGGCUGGGCCCAGACAGACUCUGGUGGCCUGUGCAGCGGGCAGGCGUGUGCGUGUGUGGGGCAGGCAGGACAUGGUGCAGGCAGGUUCCAUCGCUCCUGAGUCUCCCUCCAAAUCAGUAGGGCCGCAUCACUGCUCACUCUGCAUAGCAUGGUCUG